AUGCAUACAACACUUGAGAACGACACCGAGAACGUCGAGGCCCUUCAUUUGCAGGGAGGGGGACAAGACACACUUGAGCAACAACAGCAUGAUCAAAAGUGGCUUGCUGGUCCUCGGGGCCUCAGGGGAGGAGCCUUAGAUGAACAUGGACGCAGCUUUGUUAAGGACCCUUCAGGUCUCGAACAUGACAAGCCCGAGAGGAGAGGUUUCUUCAUGAGGACUCUAAAGAGCUUUUGGCAAAACGUCAUCAAGGCUGCAUUCCCGGAGGCUAUCCAGGACAUCAAGAUAAUGUACGGCAUGUCUGCACUCAAGGCGCUGGUCACACUGGAGACUAAGAAUCCGCUGGUUCAUCCCGAGAUCGAAGAGGUCGCCAAGGUGCGUCGCGGAUUAGAUCUAAGCCCCGAGGAGCUGGCAUUCAUCACGAAGCGGAAAGCCGUGGCAAAGGCGGCCUUCGUCAAAUAUCUCAAUCUCAACCCGGACGAAGUCCACCCGGAUGAUGUGCCUACCAUCGCGUUCGGAGGUAGCGGCGGUGGUUUCCGCGCCAUGAUCGGCUGCCUGGGCUAUGGCGCAGAGAUGAAGACGUGCGGCCUCUGGGACUGCAUAUCAUAUGUCGCCGGAGUUUCUGGCUCGUGUUGGGCACUCACGGCUUACUAUAAGCUCGGACAAUGCAGCAUGGAAGCAGUCAUCGAUCAUUGCAAGACAAGGCUUUCACCAUAUCACCCGCUGUCCGGUGAGGCCAUUCGUGUCAUGCUGAGUGCUCCCAGCGGACCAAAAGUCACACUAGGUCCGCUAAUUCAGAAGCGCGAGACUGGCCUGGACAUUGCCAUGAUGGAUUACUAUUCAGUGUUUACCACCGGUUGGAUAUUCUUCCAGGGUGACCUGGUGCAGCACCCGAUCCCCAGCCCGUACAAGAGAAUUCUUGGCCAAGGUCAUCGCACCUGGGACAAGUUGUCUAGCUUGCGUGAGCACAUUGACGAGGGCCAAGAGCCGAUGCCAAUCAUGACAGCAAUCCGUCAUGAGCGACCAGGCGAAACAUGGGCGCGAAAAGACCGUCCCUUUGAAGAGCCCCAGCAGGCAGCGGGUGUUCAGGUAGAGCCACCCGAUGCCUGGUACCAGUGGUUCGAGAUGACGCCUUUCGAAGUUGGUUGUGACGAGAUUCAGGCAUGGGUGCCGACUUGGGCUUUUGGCCGCCCUUUCACCAAAGGCAGAUCCACGAUGCAG